AUGACCACAUCCGACACCCCCAAUGAUGGCUCUGUGCAGUCAGAUGUUCAGUACUUCUACAGUUGCGACCAUAGGACACUCACUGAUACUAUUGCUGCUAUAGUGUCUGCCGUUAUGGCUGUAGUCUUUGUUGUGCUGAUUGUCUGCAUAAUACAGGCUAUUAAGAAACACAGACAACAGCAUCGAGGCAACAGACUCCGCCAGCCAGUGGUCCACACCAUAGCUCCAGGAGGAUUUCAUUUAGAUGUUACUGCAUAUAGAAGGGAAAUAGAUUCUGACAGAGGAAGACAGGAAAGUGAAAGCACAAGCCUUGACCAAGAAUCAGAAAAUCACACUGAGCCAUCAACUUCAAGAAUGUCAGACUUCAAUCUCUCAGCCUCUUUUUCAGCAUCUAAUCCACCAUCAGGAGAUGCUGUUGCUCUUCAACUCCCAUUGACUCCAUCAGCCCUGUCUACUGCUACCGGAAGUAAUAGAUGA